AUGCCGCCAAAAAAGAUGGUGGUCACUUUGUGCAUCACUGUUUGGGUACCAGUCUUUGUCGCUGCCCUAGAUUCAACAAUCGUAGCCACAUUGGUAGGUGCAAUCUCUUCUUCGUUUAAUCGAAGCGAACAGGCUGCUUGGCUAGGUACGAGUUAUCUUCUAAGUGUUUGUUGCUUUUCGCCAAUCUAUGGACGACUGUGCGAUGUGAUGGGUAGAAAGUAUGCUCUGCUUCUAGCCAUGCUUACGUUCGGGAUUGGAACGCUUUUAUGCGGGAUCGCACCUUCAAUGGAGACUCUUCUUUUUGCUCGUGUGAUGGCAGGAGUGGGUGGUGGAGGAUUGACUACAUGCACUUCCACAAUCUUAAGCGACGUCAUCCCAUUACGACAGAGAGGGCUGUAUCAAGGCUUGACGAAUAUUGUGUAUGGAGCAGGGAAUGCACUGGGUGGUCCUGUAGGUGGACUUCUCAAUGAUUCGAUAGGAUGGCGAAAUGCUUUUUUGAUUCAAAUUCCAUUUCUGCUUUUGGCAACUGUUCUUUCGCUCCUAUUUGUUCACGUCAAUCCACCCCAACCAAAAGGCAAACCAUCAUCACCGCAACAGCUGAUCACACGAUGGGAACGGAUAAAGUCGAUUGAUGCUCUUGGAUCGUUGACUUUGGUCGGAAGUGUGGCUCCUAUACUUCUGUCGCUUUCCUUCAUGUCCGCAAACGAUUUGCCGUUCACCGAUCCAUUAGUGUGGGGAACAUUGUUUGGUGGAAUUCUUUGUGGAUUUGCAUUCUUUUGGGUAGAAACACGAUUCGCCAAAGCGCCAAUCUUACCUAUCGAACUGGUUCUCACACGAACGGCUGGAAACGCAGGAUUGGCAAACUUUUUCUUGUCGGUCGUGACCCAUGCUACAAUUUACAAUUAUCCACUCUACUUUCAAGCAGUUCGAUUGCAAUCCAGUUCGUUGGCAGGCUUGCAUCUUGUGCCCAACAGUGUUGCUUUAUCCAUUGGCUCGGUUUUGGCAGGACUUUGGAUGCGUAAAACAGGAAGGUACUAUUGGCUAACGUUUUUCAAUUCUUUAUUGAUGGUCGUUAGUGCGAUUGCAUUCUUGACCAUCACUCGUUCAACACCCGAAUGGUUCACAUAUGCAGCUAUCUUCCCCCACGGGUUUGGCGUAACGGGUGUUUUGACGAGUACACUACUGGCUCUAAUCAACUCUGUCCCACGAAGUCAGAUCGCCGUUGCCACGGGAAUGUCAUACUUAUUCCGAACAACGGGACAAGUGGUUGGUGUAGCAACGAGCGGUGUUGUACUUCAAGCGAUGCUAAAGAAAGAGCUUCAAAGCAGGCUAGGUGAUCAACCUAAAUUGAUAGAAGAUUUACGACAUCAGCUUAAUAUCAUUCGAACAUUACCAAAAGUACAACAAGAAGCUGCAAAACAAGCAUAUGAAAUUUCAUUAAGAGCAGUGUUUGGAUUGGUUUUGGUGGCUGCGAUUGGAUGUUCAAUUUCUUGUUUUAUGAUGGAAGACAUACCUUUACCCGAUGCUGCGCCGACCCCUGCAGAAAGUCAAUCAAACAGUGGAACGGCGACACCUUCUCGUCGAUUAGAGGAGGGCCGACAGUAA